AUGCCACCUGGACCCUUUCCAUAUCCUUUCAUUGGCAACGCUCCUCAAAUGAUGUGUGACCCUGUGAAUCCUUUCGCCAAGCUGGCCGAAAAAUUUGGAGAUAUAUAUAUAUACUUACAUUUCCAAGUGGGGACGCUAUUGUUUUAAAUUCCGUUUCAUUUAUACGCGAUGCACGACUUGGGAGGAAGGAUGAUCUUUCAGGGAAAAAACGGGAGUCGGUUUAUCCACAGAAUUUGAUAUUUAGUGAAAGGGGAUUUAUUGCAGCCGAUUUUUCACCAGCUUAUUUAUUUCGCAAGCGAGUAUUUGUAUCUGCAUUACAUAUUUUUGGCAGCGGUAUAGAGCAUGCUUCGAAGCAAGCUAGAAAAGCUGUUGAUCUUGCGAUAGAAGAAAUUGACUCGAAGCAAGGUCUUCCUAUCUCUCCAAAGAAUCUUUUCGCGACCUCGAUAUCGGCACAGCUUUGGGUUUGGCUAACCUCCAGUGAAGUAUCAUUAAAUGAUCAAGUUAUCAAAGAUAUCAUUAAAUUGGGAGAUAUAAUGGGACAGACAGCUCUCUUUGCUACUUUGUAUCAAUUGCUUCCAAUGUUAGUAUAUCUACCAACACGAUUCAGCCGACGUUUAAAGCGAGCUCAGCAGCUAAAGAAACGAAUUUGCCCUCCGGAAUUCAAAGCACACAAGAAAACCUUCAUGCCCGGUGUUAUCCGCGAUAUAACUGACAGUCUUAUCAGUGCCUACGAAAAAGAAAUUGCCAAAGAAACAUCAAAAGACAUUGGAUCAAUUGAAGAUAUUCCUGGUAUAGUGUUAGAUAUCAUCCUUGCUGGGUCUGAGACAACUUCGUCGUCAAUGAGUUGGUUUAUGUUGUAUAUGAUUUUAAAUCCAGAUAUGCAAGAAAUAAUCCAGAAGGAGAUUGAUUUGGCAGUUGGAGGAGAUCGCACUCCAUGCUGGAAUGACGCAAAGAACAUGCCGUAUCUGCAAGCUGCUCUCUGUGAAGUUCAAAGAGCAGUGACUUUGGUUGUUUUAGCUCCAACUAGCACUCGUCGGGAUAUAACGAUAGCCGGUUACCAUAUUCCGAAAGGAACCGCCGUUCUUGCCAAUCUUAAUAAAGCACAUCACGACGAGAGAGAAUGGCCUGAACCAGAGAAAUUUAAACCAGAAAGAUUUCUCGAUUCCGAUGGAAAAUUUGUCGGUUGGAGUAAAAUUCAACAUUUUAUCCCAUUUGGGCUUGGUCGUAGAGAAUGUGCCGGACAGUCAUUAGCAAAGAUCUUGAUGGUUACAUUUGCUGCAAGCUUGUUGCAUCGAUACAAGUUUGAAUUGCCAGAAGGAGCAGAAAUUCCAACAACAGAAGUUACCGAACCGCAUUUGGUCAUGCGCCCACAGGAUUUUGAAGUGGUUGCUAAGGAAAGAUGUGAUAUGACAAUGUAAUGCCUAAAUUUAUAAUACUUACUGGUUCGGACAGUCCGCAAGUAUACUGACAUACUUAAUUUGCUUGUGAUUUAUACUUGUUAUGCAUUUAAUUUGUUACUUGAUUCAAUUUGAUUAUUCUCAACAAUAUUUGCACGUG